AUGCUGCUUCCGGUGCCUGGAUUCCACAGAAGCAUGUUUUGGGGAGCCUCUGGCCUGAUCUUCUUGUCGUCCGUUGCCUCGGUCGCCCUUCUGUCCCCGUCUUUUUGCUCCAGUGACCGAGCCUGCGGUGCGCAAUUGGACUCGACAACACCGCCCUUGGGCCAGACGCCGUUCUUUACCAGCGCCGCAGGGAGUGCUGUCGACCACCUACAGGGGGGUCGUGUCCGCCAUGGUGGCGGCGACCACGCCAUGCCCGUCGGCCAUCGUACGAUCCCGACCUCAGCCCACCCGCCACUACCACCACCACCACCACCACUACCACCAACACACCUGGCCACUGAGCCACGACCCCGGAACCACCAACAAGCACGACACGACCGGUUGUUAACCCCCGAGCCGCUCUUCCGCGGCCACCACCUGCAGUCGCCGAUUUUGGGGAGCGGGCUGCAUGGCAACUCGCCUACUAGCACCAAUCCAUCGGCGAUCCAGCCCCAUCACGACGACUGGGCGUUGCCUGACUUCAGCGCCGACUCCCUUGCUUUCCCUCCCCCAGCCGAGGCGUUCCUGGAACCGCCAGUGGGCGCGACCAAUGUCAUCGACUUUGGCCUCGGCACGGCCGCCACAAACCACCAUGACUACACGGACAACAUCACGCCACUUCCGAGCCAUGCGAGAACGACACUCGAUCACUUUGACUUCGACCUUGCCUUUCCCUCGCCGUCAUGGGGCCCCAGCCUGAAUGAUGCCAUGUCUUCUUCGCUCGCCGUCGCCGUCGCCGUCGGAGCAGGGACCACGUCCCAUCCUCGCAGCGCCAUGGACGACGAGAGCGACCACAGGGAUACCAGAAGCUUCUGGGCCGACGAAGACUCGUCCUCCGUCGGCGGCCGCCCAUCGCCCUCGACAGCCGCCCGCAAGCGCCUCCCCAAGGGAGGGCCAAAGGGCAAGCACCGCGCCGACUCGCUCGACGGCGCCAGCAGCAGCAUCUUCAGCACCGGCACCGACGACACGGGCAUGUCCCACGCCGCCGGUGCCGCCGAUCUGAGCCCCGGUCUGCCCCCGCGCGCAGGCCCCGGGUCCGGAUGCAGCCCCAGCCCCGGCACCGUCAAGACGGAGUCCUCCCACCACCCGGGAGCCGCUGCAGCUGGCGCCGCCGCCGCCGCGCGCCGCCGUCGCAGCAGCAGAGCCAAAUCAGUCGCGACGACCGCCUCAGCCUCAGCCUCAGCCUCGGCCUCGGCCUCGUCCUCCAACGCCACACCGCCGUCGUCCGACACGCGCGCCCCGAAAAAAACCGCCACGGCAUCCACGGCCGCCCGCCUACGCAGUGCCUCGCGCGCCUCCAAGAACGCCGCCCGCCGCCCGGCCGAGUCAGCCGAAGAGCGCCGCACCCGCGCCUCGCACAACCUCGUCGAGAAGCAGUACCGCUCCCGUCUCAACGCCCAAUUCGAGGGCCUCCUCAACGCUCUGCCCGAGCUGCCCGUGCCUGCCUCCCAGCAACAGCAGCAACAGCAGCAGCAGCCGGCGGACACGGCCGAGGACCAGACGGAGCGGCGCGUCAGCAAGGCCGAGGUGCUCGAGCGCGCGCGCCUGCACAUCGAGGCCCUCGAGCGCGAGAGGGAGGCGCUGCGGCGCGAGAGGGAAGAGCUGCUGCGGAACCUGGCCGACAUGGAGCACGACGUCAGCGUGCGCAUGGGCGAGGGGGCCUUGGGCGACAGCCUCCGCGCGUCGCCCGCCACGGAGGAGGAGGAGGACGGGGGGCAGGCUGAGCAGGGGGACAAGUGAAGCCGAGAAGCAGGGCCCCGGAACGGGCCAGGUGGCUGGCUGCGUCCGUCAUCGUCAGACUGUCAGAAGAGGGAUUCCUGCGUUUACGACUUUGGUUCCUCUCUUUUCUUUCUUUCUUUUCUUCUUGUCUCAUCACACUGCAGCACUGCGCACGACCUGAGACUGUACUCACUGUACUCCUAGCGGCAUUUCUUUUAAACUGCAUUUCUGCGGAACGUCAUCUCACGCGUAGCCCUGUCUUGGGGAUGACUCGAUUAACUCGAAUAAAACUGAUUCAAGGUCUGUUUCCACCCAAA